AUCCACGUGUGUGAAUUGAUCGAUCUGGAUCUUACAAUCUCCCUCUGGACCUUUUGUGCAAUUCACUCACACAGUUACUCCUGUACCUGCUCAUGUUUGCAUGUUGUUCCUUUUCUUUUCUCUCUUUUUUUGGUCCCAUCUUUAUACAGCCUUGAUUUUUGCAAUCACGCCGACAAGUGGCCCAGGAGUCUGGGUGGGUGGAUCUUGAGACCACCCACAUUUUCCCGUGGGCACCUGCGAAGCGUGUCUCUCCCUCCGUUUCGUGUGAUAUGAUUCAGAGGCCAUAUCUGUUCUCGUCGUCCCCGCGGUACAGUCAGAGGCAAGUCCUGCCUGCCAGAUCACUGGCCACGCAGAGAACCCCAGCGCUGUCAGAAGAAGGAUAGCCGAGUGCUGUCACUGCGCUGAUGUCAUUUAGAGCUCCAGUAUGUCCAAGCGGCGCUUGUCGGAGAGGGGAGCUGGAGAGACAUCAGGCAGGGCCAGCAAGCUGCAGUGUCCCGGGAUAUCCGGCAACAACGCCAAGAGAGCCGGGCCCUUCAUCCUCGGGCCUCGCCUGGGCAACUCACCAGUGCCCAGCAUAGUGCAGUGUCUGGCCAGAAAGGACGGCACAGAUGACUUCUAUCAGCUCAAAAUCCUGACGCUGGAGGAGCGAGUGGAUUCUGCGGGCGAGACCCAGGAGGAGAGGCAGGGGAAGAUGCUGCUGCACACGGAGUACUCCCUGCUUUCUCUACUGCACAACCAGGAUGGAGUUGUCCACCACCAUGGCCUCUUCCAGGACCGGGCCUACGAAAUAGUUGAGGACAUUGAGGCCAACAAAGUGCGCAAGAUGAAGAAGCGGAUCUGCCUGGUGCUGGACUGCCUAUGUGCCCACGACUUCAGCGACAAGACGGCCGAUCUAAUAAACCUGCAGCAUUACGUCAUAAAGGAAAAGCGGCUGAGCGAGCGUGAGGCCAUCGUCAUCUUCUAUGACGUGGUGCGUGUGGUGGAGGCCCUUCAUAAGAAAAACAUUGUGCACAGAGACCUCAAGCUUGGAAACAUGGUGCUGAACAAACGGACUCACCGAAUCACUAUUACCAACUUCUGCCUGGGGAAACACCUGGUGAGUGAGGACGACCUGCUGAAGGACCAGAGAGGAAGUCCAGCCUACAUUAGCCCUGAUGUAUUAAGCGGUCGGCCAUACCGCGGGAAGCCCAGCGACAUGUGGGCUCUUGGCGUGGUCCUGUUCACCAUGCUGUAUGGCCAGUUCCCCUUUUACGACAGCAUACCUCAAGAGCUUUUCCGCAAGAUCAAGGCUGCAGAGUACUCCAUCCCAGAGGAUGGUCGUGUGUCGGAGAACACGGUGUGCCUGAUCCGAAAGCUGCUGGUGCUGGACCCUCAGCAGAGGCUGACUGCAGGAGAGGUGCUGGAGUCUCUCAGUGUCAUCAUUGCCUCGUGGCAAUCUGUUUCAUUGCUGAGUGGCCCUCUGCAGGUGGUGCCGGAUAUUGAUGACCAGAUCAAUCACCCAGAACAUCUGCAAGAGGCCAAGGUGAUAGAAGAGUCUUCGCAGUAUGAAUUCGAGAACUACAUGCGCCAGCAGCUGCUGUUGGCCGAAGAGAAGAACACUAUCCAUGAGGCCAAGAGCUUUCUCACCAAGCGCCAGUUUGGCAGCAUUCCACCUGUGAGGCGCCUGGGCCACGACGCCCAGCCCGUCAGCCCACUAGAUGCUGCCAUCCUGGCACAACGUUUCCUCCGGAAGUAGUCUCUAACCCCCCGUCCCGGCCGCCGCUCUGGUCUCCCCGGGGAGUAGAGCGACCUGUGGAGUCCAGGGAGGUGGGGGGGGAUUAGCCACAAAGCCGGACUUGCCUACGUGGGUGGGGUACCAGACGCCCCAAAGUCGUAGGUGGGCUUUGGGCAAGCUAGGUGGAACCGUCACGGGGAGGCCAAACCCAGAACUUCACUCUUCAUGUCUGGAUCCUCUGAGUGAAACAUGGAAAGGCCCGGAGGAAGAGCUGAAGGUUCUUUGCCCUCAGGUCGCCCACACUCAGAUCUCACUGUGAAGUGAACCUGAUGGCGCAGUCACACACACGGGGCUUGACACAAGGCUCUGCCUGGAGUGUUGAAGAAAUGUAUUAAUCCCAUAUUCCUCCUCCUCCGAUUUCCCCCCCACCCCCACCGUAACACUUUACCCAUCAACUCUGGAUCCCCUGAGCAAUACAGGAUCAGAAUCAUGUAGCAACCCUCUCUCUCUUCCCAUUGGUUAAUGGUUUUUGCCUCGUGUCAGAUCACCUGAUCGCAGCAGCCACCUCUCUAUACCUCCAUUCCACCCUCCUGCUCUCUCCCCAUCCCCCUCCGUCCCCCUCUGUUGUUCUCCCAUACUGGAACACGACCCGGACUUCUCCCGUCUGUAACUCAGACUUCAAAUCAAUCUACCUCUCUGUCUCUGUUCUCUGUCGGUAAACCAUGCUCACUGUUCUGAGACAAGGGAUUGUAACAAUGGAGUCUUGAUGCCACCAGUGACACAAAGCAUUAAUGUUUGCUGUCGGGAGUGAUGAUGCUCUGAAACCCUUUUCAGUGGUUUCGAAAAAUCUGAAUAAGCUUUUUUUCAUAUUUUUUUUUCAUAUUUACCAUGAUAAGUAGCAUUUUUAUCCCUAAACUUGCUUUCAAGAUAUUGAAUAUCAAAAGUACAAUGAUCCUUUUUGAUAUUCACAUUGUCUCCCGCUUUUUCGCUCACCCCUGUGGAAAUCUAUUUUUACCACCUAGGCAGCUAGUGUGAGGUACCUGGAAGUCACAAUGCCAAGAACUGAGUGGGAGAAACUGUCGGAUCCUCCCCACCAAGGCAUAUUAUUAAUGGUAACACUUCCUCAGUGCCAUUAUAGUGAAGAUUAAGGCACCGUCAUGUUUCUGUUGCCAAAAAAAAAAGGAGGCAUGUCUUAAAAACGACUCUUAGCCAAGGAACCGGGUACCCACAGCCUCAUUCAGAAUCAACGGCUUCCAGGGAUUCCUACUUCCUUGUUUCUCUUCAACAAGACAAAUCUUUUUUUUUUCAGUAUGAAUGUGAACUGUCAUUCUACUCUUUGAAAUGUCUGCAGUAUCCAUGACCGUGUACGUGUGUUUUGUUUUUGUUUUGUUAUUGUUUUUCUUCCCACCAGGCCAGGGGUAAUAAAAGUCUGCGGAGCUGUCGGGCCGUUAACCUCUGACAGUCUCAGACAUUUUUAAGCUCUCCUCGGAACUUUGCGUUCACUCAUCUGGCCUGCCCCAGCGGCAGACACUGUGAAAAACCAGAGCGGGGCUUCGCAAACGUUUGUGACGAUCAUAAAAGCUUUCUUCAGCUUUAGAAAAAAAAAGUCACAUAUCUAUCGCCGUUCUCGAGCCCCCUCUGCGGUUCAACUUGUACACGCUCCUAUCGUCUCGCUGUACAGGCUCCCUGAGAGACGAGCUGGCGGCCGGUAACUGAUACUGUAAUAUGGAAUGAGACAUGAAAAUGCAAACUCUCUUUUAGGGUUUCAGUUCAUUUUUUUUUAAAUUUUUUUUUAAUCAAAGUGUGUCUUCAAACCAUGGCAAAGCUACUAACCAGUGACUGUUAGGCAUCUGUACACUGCAACCUGCCUUUGCGUAUUGGUAUCUGCUUGAGACUCUUUAGAUUUCUUCCUAUUUAUAUUCAAAAACUGAUUGCAUGACUCUGGAAUAUUUUCAAAUGUCUUUUACAUCUUAAUUUUUUUUUCUGAUUCUUGUAAUUUCAUGUUGAUUUAUUUAUUCACUAGUGUAAACAUCCCCCACCCACCCAUCCUCCUUCUAAACCACUGGGGCUUGUUUCACAGACGUCGAUCACAGUCGGUGAAAAUGUCUUUUGAGGUGUUCUUGUGAAACUCACGUCGGUGAAACAAGCCCCGAAUCUCCUUUCUGAACUCACAGCUUUAAGAAGUGUCGUAAGCUCCCAACAUUGGCUCCACUCCGACCGUGUCGUUCUCAUCCCUCUAGCCGCAUUCACGAAUGAGUAGCAUCCUUCUGUUUUCUCCUUUUGGUUCCUUUCAAUAAUUCUCUUGCCAUUUUGCCACUAAGUCUGUGGUCAACUUAAGCUACACUAAUAACAAGACUGACUUUUGCAUAGUUCUAUUUUUUACAGAAUACGAAAUAAUAUUGUCAUUAUUAUCACUCAUUAUUUUGAUUUUUUUGGGGGGGGGUUAUCAUUACCCCCCUCACCCCCCAUUCACACACACAAGGCUGCACUCUCUGGCCAGUAUGUAAAUAAUGUACCAUCGUGACUGCGCCAGUCAUAUUGUAUGUAGUUCCACCCAGCGAGACGCCGACUCCGUUUCAACACAUGCUGAUUGACGUGCGUUAUAGGCCACAUUGGCCACCGACCACCACAUCUGGAGGCUAAAAUAAUAUGUAAAGAGGGCCGUCGGCUUUUCUCCCACCUCAAUGUGAAUUCCAUGGGUAUACAGCAGUAUUGUAGUAGUCUAGGUUGUUCAACAAAAAAAGGUGUUUUCACGAACACUGUAGCCAAUUGCUGAAUGCUAACAUUAAGUGACCCCGUCUGUGGAAAUGUCUCACGCCAUCUCCCACGACGACCAACUUACAGAAUAGUAACUAGAGGUUCAAUCGACCCUUCACGUAGAUGUUUUCUAAUCUGUCCCACGCCACCCCGUGAUCAAAAAGUCUUUCACGUUCUAGCUAGUGGAUUGUAACCACAUUCAAUGUUUUGUUUUUUACAGAGUCACAUUGAUCAACCGCAAUGUGGACUGAUAAAGCAUGAAAAUAGUGUAGUGGAAAAUAACCUGUGUAGAACAUGUGUCUGUUGCAUGAUUUGAAACUUGUGACAGAGUAAUGGAGGCAGAAGCUGAAAGAUAAUUUGCCCAUUUGGGUGCUAAAAGUAAAAUCCAGUGCAAGAAUUAUUUAUUAUCUACCCCUCCAAAUUGAAUGGAUAGUACAAUUUAAUCAGUUUUCAAAAAAGUUUUAGUUUUCUCCUGAUUCUGAAGUUUAAGUUGUCGGUAUAUAACCUAUAUAUUCCUGACCGUUUCAACUGGAAACCUAGCGUAGGAUAUGAGAUGUGGUGUAGUUUGAACCCCAGUGGGAUGAUGUGUUGUAAGCUGCUUGGUCGGACAUGGUCGUCUAGAUACAGAAAAACUGCGUAAUUGUACAGAUGAAAACGUUUGUAUAAAAAACAUAUUUUUCUACGUCACCAGAUCUCUACAUGCAUGUCUGCAAUAAACUUUGAUAUGGAAACAUU